AGGCAGUGGCGGGUUGCUGGCUGCAGCUGGGAAGUCCCAGCUGUUGGUCACUGGCUCUGGCUGCCUAGCUGCCAGAGACCUCACUGCGGCUAGCUCUGAAGGCCCGCUCGGCGGCCUCUCCUGGUGGCUUGUCCUGUCAGGGCCCAGUGUCUCCGUCCUCAGCAGAAUCUGCCUCUAGGCUCCGGGGAGACCUUCAAGUCUGACAUCCUCCUGGCAUCUGGGAGCUGCCAGCACCUUGGGCCCCUCUGCCAGCUGGCACGGUCCUCACCGCCACGCCUGCCCCUGCUGGGUGCUGAGGGGUGGGGAGAGCAGGGGACCCGGCUCCUGUGGCGAUGCUCCCUACCUUGUGUGCGUGGGUCUGAGUCAAGGCAGGGUCGCUGAGCUCUGGCACCAGGGAGGACGGUGACCUGUGGCCGGGGCGGGGCCAAUAAGGAGCCAUCAAUCACCCGGCCCGCCCCUCCCUCAGCAGAGCCUCCUGCCAGCUGCCCGCAGCCUCUGCAAAAGGAAGCUCUCCUGCUGCUGCCAUGCAGACCACACCUCGGACAGUGGCCGCUGGGCUGGAGCUGCACAGCCCCAAGGAGCCUGGGGAGCCACCGACCCCAGUGCCGGGCACUCGGCGGGCAAGCAGCGGGGAAGGGCCCAGCGCCCAGCGCGAGGCCUUGAUGCCGGGCCUGGGCACCUUCCAGCGGGCCUUCUCCCGGGUGAGCCAGCGGGCCACGGGCCAGGCCUCGGAGGAGGACCCAGGCCUGCUCCGCCGCAGCUCCCGCUUCCUGUUCCGGUCCCUGCGACGCUCCAAGGACCACAGGCCGGCCGUGGACCAGGGCCAGGCCACUGCUGUGCCCGGGGCAGGCCACCGCCCCAAGGAGCCCUCCAGGGCCAUUGACGGUGUCGGCCAGCAGGCAUCCCCCAGGGAGGAGCCGGAGGAGCUGGAAUCUGAGGCAGGCAAGUCCGUGGCGGAUCUCAUCACCGAGUGGCAGCUGCUGGCGGCCUUCGAACAGCUGCAGCGCCUGGAGACACAGCUGGUGGCAGAGAAAGCGUCGCACACCUUCGAGCGGGACCCCACGGGCUUCGCGCGGCGGGCCAUGGACGUUCCUAAUUUCCUGGGCGGCCCGGACCUGACUUUGUCUACGGAGCCGCUGCCCCCGCUCCUGGCCCCAGAAGUGUGGACCCAACUGGAGAGCGAUUACACCAGCUUCUUAGAGACCAAGAUCGCCAGCUGCUUCGAGAGCAUCCUGCAGUUGGAGCAGAGCCGCUGGGCAGCCGCCGUGGACCCAGAGGUGCUGCAAGGCCGGUACCACUCGUCGCUGUCCAUCGACAUCCACAUGCUGGUGGCGGAGCACUGGCCAGGCCGGUGUGGAUGGUGUCUCCCCGGGGGAGAGCCCAGCCUGUUUGCUCAGAGUGGGAGGUCCGGACACGUGGGAGGGAGGAGCCUCAUCCCAAGGCCCGAAGCUUGGAUGGGACUCGAGGGGAGGGUAGUUCUGAAGGGAGGGAGGACCCGGGUCUUAGCGCGGCCAGGAAGGCUCCCCAAGGCCUCUGCGUACCCCGCCCACAGGUUUGAAAAGACUUUUCUGGAGUCGGAGGCGGUGAGCGAGCCGCACCUGGGCGCCAACAUCAACGCCUGCGAGGAGCUCAGGACCAACCUACUGGCCAGGUUCCCAGGAGCCUUCACGGAGCUGGAGCAGCCCCUUGUGGCUGCCACCUGCAUCUUCCAGAAGCGGCUGCUCCAGGGUUUGCAGCACAAUGUGCAGCCGCUCUUCAGGCUCCUGUGCACCAAGGCCUGGCUGACGCAGGACACGCUGCAGCCCCUCAUGGACAAGGUGGUGGCCUUCGCCGGCCACCUGGAGCGCCUGGCGCCACCUCGCGCGCAGGAGACCCUGCAGGAGGCGCACCGCUACGUGGUCCGCGAGUACCUGGCCCAGGCGCUGAGGCCUCGCGAGCGGUUCCGGGGCGCCGAGCGCCUGACCGGCUCCCAGAAGAUGGGCCUGGACGCCCAGGCCAUCGGGGACACCUUCCGGGGCCUGGGCUCGGAGGCCGCGUGGCUGGACCAGGCGAUCCUGUGCGUGGCUGACAUCCUGGGUGAGACCUACAAAGACGAUAUCCAGCAGCACCUGGAGGCGCUCAUCGGGAGCUACCCCGACAUCAGGCAGGAGCACGUGCUGGCCAUCCUGGCGCUGCGCCGCCUGGGCCGCCGGCGGAACCACCGCCUCCUGCAGCGCGCCCAGGACCUGCUGAGAGCAGGCCGCGCCGACACCGCGGGGGGCCGCGUGCUCUUUGAGGAGAUCCCGGUGCCCGCCUCGGUGGACUUGCUCAUCACCUGCAUCUAGAGCUGGGGGGCAGAGCAGAGCUGACCUCGGGGCGCUGCGGGAGGUGAGGGUCAGCCACUGUCCCCCAGGCCUGAGCCCCACCCCAGGAGUCCAGGGAGGCACUCCCAGCCCUGCCCCAUGUCAGCCCAGAGCCAUGAAGCUUCCAUCCUCAGCCACGCGUGGCUGCUGGGCCAGAGGGACAGCAAUGGCGGAGGCAUUUCGGGCAUCUGCUGGGGAGUGUGGGGCAGGGGCUCCCGUCAUGGUGUCGGCACCACCCGGUCUGAGCGUGAGACAGAGUUUUAAAAAAUAAACGUGAAUUGCA